CAAUGAAAUUACGAUUGAGAACUUUGAUUGCACUUACACGCGUGCCGGGUACGGGGGUUGAAGUGAGACUUCUGCGAUUACCCGUAAAGUGAAGUUUCAAGUCUCAACAUCUAAUUGGGAUUCAAUUACUCGCCAGUGAGUUAUUGUUGCUUCUACACGUCUACUUUGAAAACUCGGGCGUAAACAGAUCUCUCUCAAUUAGGCGAAACAGCUAUUUGGAUUGAGACAGCUAAACUUUCAUACCCGGAAAUUGUAUAGAUUCUUAUCGCCGCUCAGCGCUGGUUCAAUUAGUCAUAAGUCUACUGAUUGCCUAGCGGUUCUUAUCAUUCCUGGGUUUUCAUUCCAAUCGUCAGCAUGGUCGCCGUUCCGUACUUAUUCAAUGAAGUCUACGACAUUUUCCGUAAGGCACCAUUCUACACAGUAGUCUUGGAGGUGCUGUUACUCAUUUCUGUCGUGUGGGUGAUAUUUUACAAUAACAAGAACAAACGCAAGCGUUACACCCCCGAACAGGAGGAGGAAAUCAUCGCUAAAUGGCAGCCUGAACCUUUGGUUGGCGACACGCCUGCCGAUCACCCGGCGCUGUUCCCACGAAUCGUAGAGGGCCGAGUAGGCAAACGGAUCAACGUUGACGGACACGACUGCCUGAACCUAGCGACUCAUGACUACUUAGGCCUCUUGGAGGAUGAGGGGAUUCGAAAAGCCGCCAUCACUAGUUUGCGGAAGUAUGGGGUGGGAUCAUGUGGUCCACGAGGAUUUUACGGAACAUUAGACGUUCAUUUGGAACUUGAGGAAAGGCUGGCAAAGUUCAUGGAAAUGGAAGAAGCCGUCGUAUAUUCUUAUGGAUUUUCAACUAUUGCCAGUGCAAUUCCAGCGUAUUCGAAGCGUGUGGAUAUCAUAUUUGCUGACGAGAAAGUUAACUUUGCAAUUCAAAAAGGUCUGGACGCUUCCCGAAGUACAAUUUAUUACUACAAACAUAAUGAUAUGAAGGACCUAGAACGCCUUUUGAUUGAACAACAGAAGCGUGACGAAAAGAAUCCAAAGAAAGCUGCGAAAACUAGGCGUUUCCUUGUUGCUGAAGGAAUUUACAUGAAUACUGGCGAAAUCUGUCCUCUUCCAGAAUUAGUUGAACUCCGUAAAAAGUACAAAUUACGGCUAUUUCUGGAUGAAACAAUUUCGUUUGGUACCUUAGGCGAAAAUGGUCGAGGAUUGACGGAACAUUUUAAUGUUGAUCGCAUUGAGGUGGAUCUCAUCAUUGGCGGUCUGGAAAACUCCGUCGCAUCGAUUGGUGGAUUUUGUGUAGGAUCUUCAUUUAUUGUCGAACAUCAGCGUCUUUCAGGCCUUGGUUAUUGUUUUUCGGCCUCUUCUCCGCCACUUCUUACACAAGCAGCUAUUUGUGCAUUGGAUCGUUUCGAAAACGAGCCGAAAAUGUUUGCACAACUCCAAGAAAGCACUACAAAACUCCAUAAUAAAUUGGGGUCGUUAACGCAUAUGUCACUUGGCGGUAAUAAAAUUUCGCCUGUUAAGCAUUUGUAUAUAAAAGAAAGUAGGGAUGUGGAUACAGAACGAGCACUUUUGAAAGAAAUCGUUGGAAAAUGUAUUGAAAAAGGACUUGCAGUUAUUGAUGCACAGUAUUUAGAACACAUUGAGAAACAUUGCCCUCGUCCAAGUCUACGAAUUACCGCAAAUCGACUGCUAGAGGACAAAGAUAUUGACUUUGCGUUCCAAACGCUAGAAAAAGUCUCAAGCGAUAUUUUAAGUUGAAUAUUGUAUUUUCACCCGUCUUUGUAGCUUUACUUAACACAUGAUGUGCAGCUUUAAACACACAUUUGUAAACAAUGAUUGUUUGUUGUUAUUGGUCCCACAUGGGGGUCCCAACAACCAUGUAUCACACAUGCAAAGAAAUAAAGUUAAUGACAAAACAACAUGAAUAAAAAAA